GCUGUUGAAAACAAGUGCCGCCAGUGCAAAUUGGAAAGCCAAGCUGCUCUCCCCGAGCGGCUGAGUCAACAAACAUGGCGUCGCAAGUGACAGGAAGGUCUGCGACGCUCCUGCGUGUUUUGGUCCUUAGCGGCGCCUUCCUCCUCGCUGCGGGGGAGCGAGUGAAGAACAAGAUCUACGAUGAGAUCCAGGGCGACAUGCCGUGCUUUAAGAGGUUCAACGGCACGCAUGAGAUCGGGUGCACGUCUAAGUUCUUCGGGAACACGGGAGUCCUUCAUGUCAUCGAGGAGAAGGCCGAUUUCGACUGGGUGUACGAGCACGGGCCCCACCAGCCCUACGUCCUGGCCUUCACGCCUCUGUUCCUGACGGAGGCAGUGCUGGAACGGGCCAGGGACUCGGGGAAGGUGUCGGGGGUGGUGGUGGUGGUGCCCGAGGACUUCGACCCCGAGACGCAGCUCCUGGACGGCUUCUCAGGGGAGACGGAGUGCCCCGAUGACUACCUGGGCCUCUACAGCGCCUCAAGCAACCCCGACUACGCUGGCUACUGCAGGAGAAAGCCCUGGAACCCCAACGGAACAUCCAUGCUCUACACCUCCUGGGAAUUCCCCAUCUUCCUCAUUACCAACCAGACCUCAGUUGACAAUAUUCAUAGUUGUUUCGAAAAAUUUAACAAGCCUGUGAAUGGAAUGCCCAGGGAUUGGCCUUUGUGUUCCAUGGAACUGAAAUCCAACAUGUUUGGCACAACCAAUUCGGAAGUCUGCAUGAGGCGGGCUUCCAUAGGGCCCUUAAGCAGACAUUUCUGUGAUCCACUGUAUGACUAUAACAUUUGGGGUACACAAACCAUGAAUAUAAGUGAAGAAAUCCCCGAGAAGUCUGUUAUUAUAGUAGCAGCAAGAAUGGAUGCGGCAACAAUGUUUGACAACAUUUCUCCAGGUGCAAACUCUGCAGUAUCGGGAAUCGUCACCUUGAUGUCAGCUGCUGCGGCAAUAUUUAAGCACAAGGAGGAGAUAAUCAAUGCGAGUAACAAGAACAUACUCUUCAUUCUUUUCCAGGGCGAGACUUGGGGUUACAUUGGGUCCUCACGUGUAGUUUGGGACAUGGAGCAGGGGCAGUUUCCCUACAAAGUUAAAGAUGAUGUUAAAGAUCAGAUUGCGCAGAUCAACCUCACCCACAUUGACUACUUCAUAGAGCUGGAGCAAGUGGGACAGGCAAUGGCAUCAUCACAGCUGUACUUGCACACGGAUCCCAUUUCCAAUGCCAAUUCCGAAGUAAGGGAAGAAACUGACAACCUGCUUGAAGUCAAGAAUGCUUCAGAUUUAGUUGAGAAACUUAACUUAAUUACGGUCAAUAAGGAAUUUCCCCUCCCACCUUCUUCAAUCCAGAGUUUCUUGAAACGAGUAAACAUCUCGGGAGUUGUCAUUACAGAUCAUGAAGGUGAGUUUAAAAACCCAUAUUAUGAGAGCUUCCUUGAUAAUUAUCGCAAUGUCAAGUACGAGGCAUACAGUGACACAGAUCUUUACCAUAAGCACAUCACAAAUGUUGCCAGUUUAUUGGCCACAGCUAUCUACAGAUUGGCUACUAAUACCACUAAGAAGAUCGAAGCUGAUCCAGAACUUACAAACGAGCUCUUAUAUUGCUACAUGAAAAACAUGACCUGUAACCUUGUCCAGGAAAAUGGAGGAGAUAUGGCAAAGUACAUGGAACCCAAACCUGCCAAGCUGUAUGUGAGUGUGGAGAAUGGGGAAAGGGAGAGGUCUUAUGUCACAAUGUACUUGAUGGCUUGGCUUCUGGGAGAUGAGGUAAAGCGAGAUCAACAGGAUUGCAAGAUUGAAAGCAUUUACAACAUGAGUCAAUUUUACUACUAUCCCCGCAUAGGCAAUGGAACAUGUGUGCAGUCCACUGUGAGGAUGACUGAUGCCAUGAGUCCUGCCUUCCUCAUAGAUGACUAUGACUGGAAAUCCGGCGAGUAUUCAACCUGGACUGAGAGUGGAUGGAAGUUGACUAAGGUCAUGAUUUUCCUGCGGCCCUCUGUCUUAGAGGAAGUUGCUGUGGUGUGUGGAGGUGUGGUAUCUUUAGUACUCUCAGUGAUUGUUGUUCAUUUCAUGAACUCGCGUGCUGAUCUACUGUUUGGCUUAUCAACACCACCUGCAGCUUGUUAAAACUGUGAUAAAUUAUGUUCCUAUAUACAUAUGUAUAUACAUAUGUAUGUAUAUAUAUAUGUAUAUAUAUGUAUGUAGGUUAUUAUGGAUAAUGAAACUAUUGUGAGACUACAAUGAACUGCGUGAGAAAUUUUUUAAAUGCUUUUUUGUUUGUCAUAACUUGGAUGAUGAGGAAAACUGUCCUUUACAUGAUAGGUUGUAAAUCAUGUGAGCAAAUAACCUCUUGUAAAUACGUCAUAUCAUGAUACAUUAUAAGGUUUCAGCUUGGAAUUCAUACUGAGAGUUGAUGACAAAUUGUGGGAGUAUUGGUCAAUCUUCAAAUUGCACAUAAUCCCCCCCCCCCCCCCCUUUAAGAUGUGAGUAUUUACUUAUUUUGUAACUAUCAGUUUUCAUAUUUUGCUUGUAUGGAAAGCCCCCCUCUUCUCUCUUUCCAAUUUAAAGACUAUCAGGAAAUUUUAAUGGAAUAGCUUAAUAUGAAAAGAUUCUCGUAUGAUUUCUUUGUUACCUGCUCUAUAUUUAUUCAUCAGUUUCUUGUCUGUGUUUUAUGAAUCAAAGCACAAACAUUAUUCCAUUCACAUGCCAUAUAUGAUAGACAUUUGUCAAGAAAUUGAAAUUGAAAACUUACAGAAUAUAAAACAAUUAUU